AUGGCCAAUAGAGGGAUCACAAUGGCGGCGUCAGCCACCCGGCGUGCUCCGAACGCCUUCAAUUUGAUCCGCCAAGUGGAGGUGCUUCAACGAGCUGGUCAUGGAUCGGUGACGCAGCAAUUUAAGGACUGGGAGAAUGUUAGCGCUGUCUCACGCGCUUUCAACAUCGGACGAUCCGAAGCUGCAGCGGCGUCGAACUUGCAGUCCAGGGUCGAUCCGAGUGUGACUACGAGCCUGAAGGCUGCCGUGGCAAUGCGCGGCCUGCGGAGUUUCAUAACUCAUGACUUGAUCGCGAAGGGCACCUUCAAUGACGGGUUCACGAGCGGGCAAGGGGCAACUGAGCCCUGGACCCAAGAGCUCACAAAUGGCCUUGACCACCGGCUGGUGGAACUCUUUGUGCGCCGCAUUUGCGCAGACUGGGAUCGCACUCCAAAGAACAUGCAGAAGGCCUUGGGAUACAAGGAGGCUCUCACGGUCCACAUUGCUUGUGGCAUGUACCAGCACUACUUGGAAUGCCUUCGGAAGAGAUGCCCGGCCACGGAGUAUCCAGCCAUCGCUAGCAAGCUUGAGACGAUGUUCAUGAGUGGCCUCAUGGACCCCGAUCUGGUGAGCAGCGCGGAGAACAAUGUUCCGCCAGGAGAUGUUUGCAGUGUUUCUCAGUUCAGGAUCCACAUCAACAUGUUCGAGGCUCGGAUGGCUUCGGAGGCAGAGGAACGCGGCAGGGAGGCGGCAGCCAAGGUUGAUGCCGCGACUUUUGAGCAAAUUGACGCGCAGUUGACGGCAGAUCUGGAACUUUUGAGAGCGAAAAUGCCGAAGCCUGUGUCGCAAGCGGUUGCCACGGCCCAAGACAUGAAGUAUUGCAAAGACCGGCAGAGGUAUGUCAUUUGCGUCAUCGACGCUACGCUGUGGUCUGGCGACACGAUCCCGGAAGCCUUGAACAAACUGGGGACACUUGUGUCAAUGAGCUCUUGCCACCUUGGAGUGGUCCAGCUACCAGUCUUGCAUGCUUCAACGUCUUUGGGAGCCACUCUCAAGCACACCCGGCGCAUUCAAGACAUUCUGUUGCAAGCAGAUUUGGAUUUUUCCACGAGUUUGACGAUGACCUACACCAGAGACAACGCUUUGAGAUCGAACUCAGACAAACGGCCCGUGACACAGAGCUGUGCGUUGGUGACAGGUGGGAAGGCAUCCACCAGCAAGUGGGCUGAGUCAGAGUGUUUCCAAGGGAUCUUUGGACCGCUGCCUCUCAUUCCAGUCAGCGAGAUGCAGGGCUACGACCCGGACAACAAGCCUGCUCCAGCGUAUGCCGAGUAUGGAAGAGCUUGCGUCCGACGCCUUCUGGAAGGAGAGACGAGGCCCAAGUUGAGCUACUACGGCAUGUUCCGGAAAGACCAAAAACAGGUCGUUGCCAACAUCGAGGGUGAGAUUUUUGAGCACUGGGACGGGCUCCCAACAAGCCCGCCCAAAACCCGCCCGCGCGAUCCUGCCCCGCACUUGACUGCCAUUGCUGGACUCUCGCUCAUGAGUUUGGACAGUGUUGGGCAGCCUGGUUGGCCAGACCACGUUCUGAACAAGUUCAAGGCUGACAGCGAGCACCGGCGCAAGCUUGAAAAGAUGAAGGCCGACUUCUUGCAGGAGUUCAAGGUUCCCGCCCAGGCCAAGGCCAGCGUUUCUCGGGGCCCUGUCAGGGUGACGGGUGCGCCGGACUUCACAGUGGAUUCUGCAGAGCCUUUGGAUGUGAACCGCGUUGUGGAUCUCGAAAAGGUCGCCCCGCCGGAUUCUGAGAAGAGGUUGGCGACCAUCACGGGACGCAGUGGCAAGGCGUCCAUCGUGGUGGAUACUGAGAUGAACAUUUUCAUUGGGAAUGAGGUCAGCGAUUCGUUGGAGUUGUGUGGGGCAGAACUGUUUGGGUUCAAUACUGGCAAUUUUGAGGUGAAGUUGGUCGACUCCGACAAGAGGCAUACCUCAGGAAUAGCGUGGAGAUUUGUCAGCGACCUGGAGUUGGUGGCAGAGAACAAGGUUUUGAUGCCCAUCUGCAGCUACCUGCACAGGUUGGCGAGCUCCAAGGGUCUAGCUGAUGUGACGAUCCCUGAGCAUGUGAUCACGCCGAAGAUGCACGCGGCAGUCUCUUGA